GAGGGAGGCCAGGUGUGGGGAUCUUCAGCUACAUGCUGUAUUCUGUCCUUGGCUCACCAUCAAAGGCUUUUUGUCCCCAUCUGCUCAGAGCCCACCCAGAGGCCCCGGACUGUCUGUGAGCGCUGGAGGGAAAAUCUGCUGGAGCACUACGGUGGCACGCCCAGGGACGACCAGUACGUGCCCCAGUGUGAUGACCUGGGCCACUUCAUCCCCCUGCAGUGCCACGGGAAGAGUGACUUCUGCUGGUGCGUGGACAAAGACGGCAGAGAAGUGCAGGGCACCCGCUCGCAGCCAGGCACCACCCCUGCAUGUAUCCCCACAGUUGCUCCGCCCACAUUCCGGCCCGUGCCCCGGCCUGACGUGACCCCUCCGUCUGUGGGCACCUUCCUGCUCUAUGCCCAGGGCCAGCAGAUCGGCCACUUGCCUCUCAACGGUACCAGGCUUCAGAAGGACAUGGCCAAGACCCUGCUGUCACUACAUGUAAAGUGGACUUCUGCGGGGGUGGGACUGCACAGGGCUUUUGGAUCUGGGCAAGGGCCAGAGGCAGAGGGACGUCCUGGAGGGUGUCUGGGCUGUAGUCUGACAGCAGGAGUCAGACGACGCUGCUCUUGCAGGAAGUGGGGGCACUGUUGCCCGGAGUCACGCCUGACUGACCCAGGCUUUCUCCAGUGUGCUUCAUGGGGCUUCAGAUACGUGGAAAGGGAGUUUCAGCUUUGUGAGGAUGUUGAGGCAGUAUGGGGAUCCACGGCAAAAUGGACAGAACCUUAACCCAAGACCGCAGGGUCCUCUCCAUCCCAGACCUCUCCAGAGGCCCCGGGAGGACCAGCGAAAGGGUGUGGUUUCUGUGGUUAGUUGAGAAUCCCAAGUGGAAAUGAAUGAAUGACUGCCUCAUUGUUGCAGCCCCUGGCCCUCCCUGUUCUGGUUCUGAGGACCAGGCUCUAAGUCCUUCACAGAGGAUCUGGGUGGAGGGGAUGCUGGGAAAGAAGCGGACAAGCUUUCCUCAGAUCCCUGCUGGUCCUGCGCCAGCAGCAUCCCCACGGUCAAGGCACUCCAUUUUGGAGGAGGGAUUUCUUCUCUAAAAUGGAGAAAAGGGAAGGGAGUUCACCAGAAAGGCACUGCCACUUAAAAAGGAAAGCCAUCUGGUUCCAUUUCUAAACCUCAGGCAGCAGGUACUUGCUCAUCUAGGACAAGGAACAGUAUAUUGUCCAUGUUUGCCUUUACUUCUGUUAACAAACCAACUCCUUACUGGAUUCCAGAAGUUAAGAAGCAGCCAGUGUUCAGAGGAAGAUGUGUUUUUUCUUUUUAGGUUUUAGGUUUUGCAGUCGUGUUGGCAAACACUCGCAUGCUGUUGUGUAAGGUUCUCUAAAAAGAUGCAGAAACUAAGAAAUUGUCGACACCUCAAUCUAACUAUCCAGCCAAGCCUGAGGGCUCUGCUGCAUGUCUGAACUUGCCUCUCCUAGGGCAAGGUGGGGGGCGAGUGGGACCGAAAGAGAAUGGAACAUGGGCUGUAAGCACAUCUUGGGGAAAUUUACUUAAAAUGAUUUAUUCUUCGAAGAGCUUUGAAGUCAAUACAUGAGUUGAUAGCUCCCAUGAUUUUCUAGGCCAAUGGAAACCCACAUGGAUGUACACUCCUGCCUGAGACAGAGGACUUUCACUUUUGAAGUGAAACUACACUUGACCUUCAGAUCCUUCCAUAUAUACUGACCACUUUUUCACAGGAGCCAAAUCCUGCUUUGUUUAGUGUUUUUUAUAUUGACUCCUCUCCCAGAGGCAUGUCAAGGCAGCCCCAGGAGGCUUUGUUAUUAGGCAAGCCAGGAACUGGUGUGACCUCAGGGACAGCCAGAUGGCCCCUAGAUGUUGGUUUUGCACAUCUGUUCAGUUUCUCAGACCAGGAGUCUGAGUUGGAAAUUGAAUGAAGCAAGUACUGUGCAGAGUUUUGCAAAGAAGUAUCACAGGCUCAGCAUUUAUUUAAAAAAAAAAAAAACAAAAAACGAAAAACCAACUUAUUUAGCAAUGAAGAAGGGAAGACCUCCUGAGCUAGAGGUUUGGUGACCACCAGUCUCCAGUUCCUUAACCCAUCCAACUGGAGUCUUUCUUUUAUGUAAGCGUACAACCAAAAAGUUUGCUUCGUAGUAAGGAGAGAUAGGGGUAACACCUCAGGGGAAA